CCCAGACAUGUACAAUAUCUGCUCCACAUCUGCUGAUUGCCAGCCCUGACUCCGCUCUCAGCUUCUUCACCACACCUGUGCCCGACGAGCUUCCUCACUAAGCAUCCACAACUCCUACUCCACCGCAGAUCCUAUUCGUACCUUCGCCUCGUAUUCGCUGCAGAUUCAAUCCUGUAUCACAAUGGCCUCGUCUGAGAUUGCGCGGGUUCAGAAGCCUGCACCGCACUUCCAGUGCACAGCCGUUGUCGAUGGCACGUUCGAAGACCUCAGCCUGACCGCCUACACCUCCACCUCCCAAUGGCUCGUCCUCGGCUUCGUCCCCAUGGCCUGGACCUUUGUGUGCCCCACUGAGAUCAUUGCGUUCAGCGACCGCGCCGCUGAAUUUUCUGCCCGCGGCGCUGCCGUCGCCUUCGCGUCUACCGACUCCGAAUACAGCUUACUGGCGUGGGCCAAUGCCAGCCGCAAGGACGGCGGCCUGGGCAAGGUCAACAUCCCGCUGCUAAGCGACAAGAACCACAAGCUCAGCAAGGCGUACGGCGUGCUGAUUGAGGACGAAGGGAUUGCGCUCAGAGGGCUGUUCUUGAUCGAUCCGAAGGGCAUUGUGAGGCAGAUCACCAUCAACGACCUCCCAGUCGGCCGCUCCGUAGACGAGACACUCCGCCUCAUUGACGCCUUCCAGUUCACUGAAAAGUACGGCGAGGUCUGCCCCGCCAACUGGAACCCUGGUGCCGCCACCAUCAAAGCCACCCCCGAGGGCAAGAAGGCCUACAACGCGAAGACCUACUCCGACGAGCCUAUGAACGGUGUUACCACCAAAACUGUUGUAAAUGGCCAAUAAUCGCACCGCACUAACAUAGGACUAUAGAAGAAGCCCACUCCUUCUCUCCACCCCGCCUGCGCCGUCACCGUAGCAUUAAGAGCAGCAUUACUCGAAGUAAGGAGCGGUUGCGCAGGAGAGCAGCGGCUGCUGUUAUGACUUUGGCGCUUUUCCUGGUUAUGCAUCAGAAUGGGGGCGAGAAGGGGGUGUUUGAGGAGUGGAGUGAGGAUGACAAGGACUCCUGAGUGUGUUGACUCGAUGGCUGUAUUUUAGCCUCUUGUAUUUGUUGUUUUCUCUCUACUCAGCGACCAUAGAUAUCUG